GUAACUCAUGCUUUCAGAAGAAGAAGGCUAGUGGGAUUAGCUUCUGUUAGCUUCUGUGUGGCUCUGUCGUGAAUGGAGCUGUGGUAAUGUGAUGCUAGCAGCUAACAACUAACUAUUCUACAGAGGGAAACAAACCAGAAGAAAAUAUAAUUUCAGACUGUCUUUCCGCCGUGGUUUCUUAAAUCUACCGAGCUCGGACAUGCAUAGGGGCUGGUCAGAAGAAGGAUAAGAGUUGCGUUAUUGAAUGUUUGCCCUGUACUAGGAGCUAAAGGGCCUUGAAUCCACGGCGCUCGGGUUAAGUGAAGGCGGUAAUACUGCACAGCAACUACUGGAGCUGUAAGCUCAAAGCUAACUAGCUCUACGAGACUUGCCUUGUUUUUGGACCAAAAGGCAUAAGAUCGCCUAAAAUAUGUCACACAACGGACCCCCGCCUCGUUGGCGGAACUGUCCCCGGAGAGGACAGCCUGUGGCAGGAAAAUUCCUACCAAUGAAAACGAUGUUGGGUCCCAGAUAUGAUGAACAAGUUGCUGAAGAGAACCGGUUCCACCCAGGCAUGCUGUCCAACUACUUAAAGAGUAUGAAUGUGAAAAUGGGCUUGCUUGUGGAUUUGACCAACACCACACGUUUUUAUGACCGCAAUGAGAUUGAAAAAGAAGGGAUAAAAUAUGUGAAACUCCAGUGUAAAGGCCACGGGGAAUGUCCUUCACCAGACACAACCGCUAUGUUCAUCAGACUGUGUGAGCACUUCAUAGAAAAGAAUCCCACAGAGCUCAUAGGUGUUCACUGCACGCAUGGCUUCAACCGCACAGGCUUUCUGAUCUGUGCUUACCUGGUGGAAAAGAUGGACUGGAGUGUGGAAGCAGCUGUGGCUGCCUUCUCGCAGGCCCGGGCCCCAGGGAUCUACAAGGGAGAGUACCUCAAAGAGCUGUUCCGUCGCUAUGGAGACGAGGAGGACGCGCCCCCUGCCCCCGCGCUGCCCGACUGGUGCUUUGACGACGAGGACCCCGAGGCGGACGACGACGGAAACUCACUCCAGGAGUCUGGUCCCAGCUCGUCAGGGUCUGCACCAGGGAAGAGGAGGAAAGAGAAGCUCAAACUGGACGCAGUGUUCCUUGAAGGCAUCACGGUGAAGGGCGUCACUCAGAUCACCAACCAACCGAAACUGGGCCAAAUCCAGCGCCUGUGUCAGGAGAUGGCCGAGUGGGACAAGUCUGGUUUCCCCGGAGCUCAGCCGGUGUCCAUGGACCGCCAGAACCUUCGCUUCCUGGAGCAGAGCCCGUACAAAGUCAGCUGGAAGGCAGACGGCACCCGGUACAUGAUGCUCAUCAAUGGAAAGAACCAAGUGUUCAUGGUCGACAGAGACAACAGCAUCUUCCACAUAGGCAAUUUGGAGUUCCCCUUCCGUAAAGAUCCUCGGGUCCACCUCUCAAACACACUGCUGGAUGGGGAAAUGAUCAUUGACAAGGUGAACGGUCAGCCGGUGCCUCGCUACCUGAUCUACGACAUCAUCAAAUUCAAUGGGCAGCCCGUUGGUCAGUGUGACUUCAACAUUCGGUUAGUUUGCAUAGAGAAGGAGAUCAUUUCACCUCGGAUGGAAAAGAUGAAGACUGGACAGAUCGACAAAACCAAGGAGCCGUUCAGUGUCCGAGCCAAGCCGUUUUUUGAUAUCCAUGCGUCCAGAAAGCUGUUGGAAGGCAGUUUCACGGCCCAGGUCAGCCACGAAGUAGACGGUUUGAUCUUCCAGCCGUGUGGGAGGUACAGACCAGGCCGCUGUGAUGACAUCCUUAAGUGGAAGCCCCCCAAUCUGAACUCUGUGGACUUCAGGCUGAAGAUCACCAAAGUUGGAGGGGAGGGGCUGCUCCCUCAGACUGUGGGUCUGCUCUACGUCGGCAACUAUGACAGGCCCUUUGCCAACAUGAAGGCCACCAAAGAACUGAAAGUGUAUGACAACAAGAUCAUCGAGUGUAAAUUUGAAAACAACAGCUGGGUGUUCAUGAGGCAGAGAGUGGACAAAAGCUUCCCCAACUCCUACGACACAGCCAUGGCCGUGUGCAAGAGCAUCCAGGAGCCUGUGACCAAGGAGAUUCUGUUUGAGUUUUUGGACCGGUGUUGUGCUCAGAGCGGCCCUCCCCAGAACAAGAGACACCCCUCCGACCCCGAUGCCGCCCUUAUGCCCCCUCCCCCUCCAAAAAGACCCAACAGAGCCAUCCCAUAAUAACCCCCUGUGCGCUCCAAUGUGAAUCCCCCUCAUUUUGGGACGAUGUUUGGAUGCUAGCAUGUUAGCGAACCGCCAACAUCCAAAGACUGCAACAUGUCAUUCGUUUUACUUGUUUGUAGCUUUAAUUAAAUCCAAAAAAACAACGUGAGAUUUAGUUUUUUUCUUCUACUAUUUAUACUUUUUUAUUGUCAGAGCUAAUACAUUUCAUCUGCAAGGUAAUAAUGUGGAUCUAUGCUUUGUCAACAGUUUGUAAUGAAAUGAGUAAACAGAAUGGUAAAAUCUCAUGUCUUCAGUGCAUUACAAUGAGACGAUGUUGUAAAAGUCAAAGUUGAGUUGCACCAAGGCAUUUUGUAAGGUUUUAUCUGCUCUUCCGGGUCAGUUUAUCAAGGUCCAAAUGCUUUUAUAGUGCUGUUUAUCACAACUAAAAUCUGAAAUGUC